AUGCCCCCGACGCGCACUCCGAAGCAGAGCGGCCGUAAGGCCGCAACGCCUAACGUCGCCACGGACGAGACGGACCACCCGUACGUCCCGCGCCCCCCCAACGCAUGGAUUCUCUACAGGCGGGCAACGGUCAUCCGGCUGAAGGCAGAGAACUUCGCGCUCUACGGCUCGAUGAACCAGAAGUUAUUGUCCAAGGUCAUCAGUCCGAUGUGGCGCGACGCGCCGGCCGAGGUCCGCAAGGAAUACGACGGGAAGGCCGACGAUGCACUCAUAGAACACAUGAGGAUGUAUCCGUGGUAUAAGUACCGCCCC